AUGUGGAAGAAGAGCGUUGCCGUUCUAAGUGCUAUUGCCGGUCUGGCAAUGGCUGCUCCCGUCCCUCAAGAUGGUGCCGCCACUCCUGCAACCACCAAGUACAUUAUCACCCUCAAGCCCGGCAUUGACCCUGAAGUUGGCAUACAACACAUCAACUGGGCUGGCGACCUUCAUCGCCGCGGUAUCUAUCGCCGUGAGGAGAACGGCACUGUUGAGGAGGACCUGAAGGUCUUCAAGGUUGCAGACUUCAAUGCCUAUGCUGGUUCUUUCGACGAGGAGACCAUCGCUCAACUCAAGGCCAGCGAUGAAGUGAGUUCAUUCCAGACGCGAAAUCAAGAUGUCCGACAUUUUAACCUUGAUUUCAGNGUGGCUGUUGUCGAAGAGGAUCUUCCUAUCUACAUGACUGCCAUUACCUCGCAAACUGGCAGCACAUGGGGUCUCGGCCGUAUCUCGCAGCGUAAUUAUGCUGCCAAUACCUACUUCUACGACACCUCCGCUGGCGCUGGCACUUAUGGUUAUGUCAUCGAUUCUGGCAUCAACAUCAACCACAGAGAGUUUGGUGGUCGUGCCUCGCUUGGUCAGAACUUCGUCGGUGGCUCUCACAUUGACGAUGCUGGUCAUGGUACUCACGUCGCUGGUACCAUUGGUGGUUCGACUUAUGGUGUCGCCAAGAAGGCCAACCUCAUUUCCGUCAAGGUCUUUGGUGCUUCCGGAGUAUGUCAUCUUGUGUCUCCCUUUCAGAUAUAUGCUAAUCACAACAUANNGUCAAGCGCUACAUCGACCAUCAUGAAAGGCUUCGAAUGGGCUGCCAACGACAUCAUCAACAAGGGCCGCGCAGGCAAAUCCGUCAUCAACAUGUCUCUUGGUUCGGAGGACUCCGUCUCCACUGCCUUCAACUCCCUCGUCAAUGCCGCCACCCAGCAAGGUGUCCUGUCUGUCGUCGCCGCUGGUAACGGCGUCAGCGAUCCCUACACCGGCGAAUUCGUCGAAGCCAUUGAUGCCUCCCGCACUUCUCCCGCCUCGGCCUCUUCCGCACUUACCGUCGGCGCCAUCGGCAGCAACAACGCCCGUGCCUACUUCUCCAACUUCGGCAGCACUGUUGAUGUCUUUGCUCCUGGCCUCAACGUCCUCUCUGCUUGGAUUGGCUCCAACUCUGCAACCAACACUAUUUCUGGUACUUCUAUGGCUUGUCCUCACGUUGUUGGUCUUGCUCUUUACCUCAAGGGCCUUGAGUCUGGUCUUACUUCUCCUGCUGCUACCACUAACAGGAUCAUUGCUCUGGCUACUACUGGUCAGGGUACUGAUCUCCGAAGCGGUAGCCCCAACCGCAUCGUCUACAACAACAGCGGACGUUAA